AUGUAUCCUUGUGACACGCGCCGUAGCUUUACAGCACUUUCACCAGUCGGACUGCUUGCCCAGGCUGCGUUGAAAAUGUUCCUACCAUGUUCAGGCUCACUCAGAUCUCGUAUCACAUGCAGCCCUAACAUCCCAAGCCUUGGCCAUACGUCUUUUAAACUCACCGUAAACUCCGCAUCCAAAGUCGACAUGGACACUAUAGCAAUCAACGCCGAAGAGCGCCUGUUCCACAAGCAUCGUCUCGCCGCCGUCGCCGAGCACGAGCGCCUACUUGCCAACAGAUAUCCUCUACCCGUGUUACAAUUCCCGUGA